AUGGCCAGCGCUGUUGGCGGGGCCCUCACAAUCUCAUCCAGGCGGCAGCCUUACGCCAGCGCACACCCUUGGCAGCAGAUGGACCAGGUCUUUCCUGGGGUCACAUACACCCCUCCAGUGGAUCCCUGGAUUGAGCAGCCCUGCUGUGGGGACCCUGUGUGUGUGCACAUGACCAUGGAGCAGAAGAGCACGGCCAUUAGUGCUCUUGGCGGUAAGCCCACAGAAAGGGGGCCCCUGGCUCUGCACAUGCCCAGCCCAUGGCCCAGGGUGGACUUCCACUGGGUGCCAGUCUCAGACCCACACACCUUUGAUGACUCCUCACAGCAACUGGAUGAUAUGUCCUUUUGCUUUGAGCACUGUCUGGAGAACCUCAGCUGCAUUUUCGAGAUCCUAGGGUACCUGAUGGGGUGAGCCCAGGUGUGGGCAGCCCCCUAACUCGACGGGGACCUGCCCCUUCCUGAUGAUGGUGAGCUCUUCUGCCGGGAUCUCAAGGAAGUUGCUUAAGACCUGAAUAGUUUCACUGAGUACCAUGCUGCAGCACCUUGCCCCCCGGUCCUCGCCUCAAGCCAGCCACCAGUGGCCCCACAGCUGCCUGUGGUGGUAGUACUUAGGUGUUCAGAUCCCCCAGCCCUUACCAUGGGUGCUGGCCCAAUCGCUGUGGCCACCCCUGCUGUUGGUAAUUCCAGCUCUACAUCCAGAAAUAUUCUCCCUGAACAGCAGUGGGCCAAGGAGAACAGCCCUGGGUCUGUGGAGUUUACCUUGUUCAGUUCUGCAUGCAGCACUGAUCCUGGUCCUAUGGAGCCAGCCUCAUCCCAGCCAGGGAAGGUGACCCCCACAAUUGUCCCUGUACUUUUAGGAUCUGCUAAUCUGCCUUCCCAGAAACCAGAUCCAGUUCCACCAGGGAGUCCAGAAACCCAGAAGACAGAGGAGGAGGUUUCUGAGACACAGGGAGACCAGAAGGCAUCUUUAGGUACCUUACAGCGGGUGGCAGAUAGCCCCAGAGGCCCCAGGAGGCCUAGCAGUUUCUCCUACCCCACCGCCCUGGAUUCUGAACACAGCCCAGCCUGUAGGAGUGCUUCUUGUGAUGAAGUGGCCUGCAUAGCCAAGGAACCCCACGGCCCCCCAAAGGACAGGGUGGUGUUCCCAGAUGACUCUAGAUAUAGCGUGCCAGGUAUUGCCCUAUCCACUUGUUUUCUUGCUGGGCAGGAGGUACACUUGUUUGGGCUCUGCUCUGAGCACAAACAGCCGCCUUGUCCCCUUUACCACCCCAUCUUCUAUUACAGCAGAAUGUUGGGCUCUAUGCUGUGUCCCUCAUCCUCUGACUUCCGCAGUGGCCUACAGGCUGCCUCCCACUAGGCUCUCAGCUGCGUUCCCACUGAUGAGACAGAGUUCCAUACAGUAGUCCCCAUCAGAUAUUUGUAUGUUUUUAUAACUGCCCUACUCCCCAGGCCCCUUGUUCAGUGUUGGCUGGGCUGGACUAGGUCUGCCAUGGCAGCCCUGUUUGGAUCUGUCUCUGGUUGGUGUCUCUACAUCGGCUCCCUUCCCCAUCUUGGCUCCCUCUGACCUCUGUCCUCUGGGCUGGAAUUUAAGGAAGGCUGAGUGGGGAAAGUAGCCAUUUUGGUCAUUUAGUAUGAGUGGGAUGGCAGAGAAAGAUGCUUCCCUAUGGCUUUACCGGCAGCCUUGGCCAGCUCGGAAGGUGGGAUCCAGGCUGCCUUGCCAGUGUCAAUUCAAUGCCAGGCAUUUUCCCCUUUUGUAUUUUAACAUUCUAGUUACACCUGGUUUUCUUCAGAAGUUGGCAUGAAUUUCUGUGUUUCAGUACCUUUGCCCAUGUUGCCCUCCCACUUUCUGCUCUUCAGCAGUCCCUGCCUCCCUGCCCACUCCUGCAUAUUGGUGACUCAGCACUUAAACCAGAACCCUUUAAAUGACUUGUGUCUUUGGGUAGACUGUGAGCCUCUAGGGCAGGGGCUCCAUCUUGAUCAGCUUCGUGUUCCUGGUAUACAGUUGGUGCUCAUUAAACAUAUGUUUAAACCAUG